ACGCAUUAAAAAAAUUCCUAAGAGAUAAGACCAAGAGGAAAAGGAAUAACGCUCCAAGCAGCUACCACUAUAAAAUAUAAUAAUCUUAAGAAGUUUACAGAGUAGGUAGUUUACUUAUCCACAAAGACAGUCAUUUACUCAUUCUAGUGUGAUAGCACCAUACCAAAAUGGGUUCUCUUAUGGCAGGAUGGGACUCUACUCUCAUGGAUCCUCAAUCUGCCACACUCAAAAGGAAUCGCUCACUAACCAAAGAUGAAAUAGAUGCUUACUGGAAAUCAAGGAAGAAGAUAGAAGAAGAACACCUUAAAGCUAUUGCCAAUACAUCAGAGACUAACCAGGGUAGCAAAUACACAGAUCCAGAGAAGAAGAUGCAGAAGUCAAUCACCAUGCCCUUGACCCGUGUACGAGACUCCAUAAAUAUGGAUGUUGACACAAGUUUGGAGCAGCUUAUCAAGAAAAAUGGCUGGUGGACGAAGAGUAGCUGGGCAUUUCUGAAUGAGCCUCCGGUGAAUGAAGCUGCGUCGAACAAGUACACACCGCAGUUUCACGUUGCCAACUUGGGAUCAUCAAAAUUUAACCCCAGAGAUGGAAUCAGUGCUUAGUAUGAUGAAUCUUAACUAAUAAUUAAAGUACCCAACCUUUUUGUGUGUGUGUGUGUAUAUAUAUAUAUACUAAAUACUUGUUCGUGUCUUCAUCAACUAGAAAAAUAAUAUAAUAUGUGUAGUGCGUGUGGUUACGACAAUGGGCUUUGUUUCUGGAGUUUGUGUUAGUAUGUAAGGAUUGAUCUAUUUUGGUGCUCAUAGUUCUGCAAAUCAACUGUGUUGUGUGGUUUGUUUGUAGAAGUGAUGAAAAUUUCCGAACAAUGAGUGACUUUGAUGUGCUAAUUAUUUACAAGAUAUAUAGUACUUGUCAUUAAUCCUUCUGUAAAUUAUUCGAACAAAAAUGUUACUGUGCCCCUAUGGUUCUCUCUAGCCGAGAGCUAGCAAGAAGAUUUCACAACUUG